AUGAAUGGUUUCGGAUUCAUUGAAUACGAAGAUGCGAUGGAUGCUAGAGAUGUCGUACCAGCGUUCCAUGGCAGUGAUUUCAAAGGCGAACGACUCACUGUACAAUUCGCGAGGGGGCCACGUCGCAAGGAGAACUUCCCUGGCCCAAUGGACCGUCCUAAUAUGCCUCGUCCCCGUCGCACGGUCUACCGUAUGAUGGUUUCUGGACUCCCGGAAACAAGUUGGCAGGACCUUAAAGACUUCGCACGUGGAGCGGGUCUUGAUGUCGUUUACUCGGAAACUGGCCGUGAACUUGGCAGAGGGUUCGUUGAAUUUGAGACUGCGAAUGACCUGAAGACUGCCAUUGAGAAGCUCGAUGGACGUGAUUUCAAAGGCUCCCGAGUGAGCUGCGUGGCAGAUAUCCAGCCUGUUGACGAGCGCCCUUUCCGUGAUCCUUACCGGUCUCGGUCCCCUCGCCGGAGCUAUCCACCCGUAGAUGAGUACGACCGGAGAUUCCCUCCACCUCGGGGCUACAGUCCUCGUGCUCAUUACCGGGAGCGGUCACCAGUUCCAAUGCGCCGGGAUUACUAUGACCGCGAUGGCUAUGGACGCCGUACGCCCCCCCGUCCCCGUAUUGAUGAUUAUCCACCUCCACGUCGACCCUAUGAAGACCCCUAUGAUGUCCGUCCACCGCCGCCUCCUCGGUAUGAGGAUCCCUAUAUGCCACCAAGGCCCUACGGACGGCCUCGAAGUCCCCCACGGGGUGAAUAUGUGCCCUAUGACCGUCGUGGUUACUGGUAA